AUGGAUCUUGGUGCUGCUGGUGCUUUAUGCUUAGGCUUUGGCUUCUUUAUGAGGAUUUUAAGCAGUAGUAAAACGACACUAAGGACUAGUGAUCUUCUACGUCGAGCUAUUCUGGUGAAUGACCUGAAAGGGUUGGAGGAAUGUUUUGAAAAUAAGGAGAUAAAAAAUCCUACUGUUUUGGUACGUGGAACAGUUGGAUCAAACUCAACCGUAGAGAACAGCUGUUUGGGAGUUUUCAUCGAGGAAACGAUUGCACUUGAUAUAGAGAAGAUGAAUGCCUUUGGUUCAGUAGAACCGGAAUCUAAAACCAUUACGGUGAGCCCUAGGGACAGUCUGGAUAAAGAGAAGAUGAAAGUCGUUGGUUUAGUAGUACCGGAACGUAAAACCAUUACGGUGAGACGUAAGGAAGUUCCUUGGUAUUUGGAUGAUGGUACUACUCGAGUGUAUGUAUGUGGUUACCAAGGCGCCCAAGGAUUUUAUGAUACAUUAAAAGAGUACUUCUCUACUGAACCAAUUACUGAUGUUGAUUGUCAGAAGUGUCUGCAAGUUCUUGAGAUUGGCACGUAUUUGACGGUUGUUGGUAGGGCUGUAAGAGACAAAGAUGGAGCUCGCAUGAUAGGACAGGCAUAUCAGUUCUUCAAUGGACAUAUACAACUUGACGAAUUUGUUACUGAUCUGAAAUCAGAUUUGGAGAGCGAUGGGACUAUAUCCUUAUGCGUAAUAGCUCUGGGUGUGGUUUUGCUCGCUCUGAAGAUAAUUUAA